AUGGCGGGCUACAUGCCGCAAGUUAUGUUUGCCGUGGUGUCGCCUUCUGUACUGGUGCCGCCCAUUGCAGCUCCCGUUGGCAUCGACAUUGCCACAGAGGUGCAGCGCAUGGUGGAAUGCGAGGGCUUCAAGCCCCUGCGCUUGCCAGACGCAGAGUCGAGGCUCAGCCCCGCUUCUUCGAAGUAUCUCAUCGAUAACUGCCUGCGGCUCGAGCAGGUGUUGAAGCUCCAUCCCAGCCUCAUAAGCUUGUGGAGCCAGGACGAUGGCGUUCUCAUGGUUUCGGUGCCGUCUUCGCCAUGGCUUGGGGCAAAGCCCCAACCACCAUCUGAGCAUGGACCCACUGGCCCCAAACAGAAGGAGAACCGAGACCAGGUGCUGACGGGCAUCCUCCGGGGCAAGGCCCUGGACAUCAUAGAGGAUCUCACCAACAUCCCGGACUUGCAAGAAAGCUUGCGUGAUGUUGCCGCAAUCCUGUUGACAUCCCCAGACAGGACGAUGCUCGUCUCAAGUCUGGGCAACAGAAUAUCCACAAGAACAAGGAAUUUCCUGCGAUGUGCAAAGCUUCGCACUGCUCAGCUGCUUCGAUGCUUUUCAGAUGAUUUCCUUCUGGAGGAGAAAGGGGCGGGCACAACUGUGACUUAUGCAAAGGCCGCACCUAAGCAGUACUAUGUGACUCCACAGCAGCAUCAGAGGAUCGAUUCAGCCAGACAUGCAAGACUCCUGAAGCUGGCGACAGACGUUACCAUGGACUUCAGGCAAGCCAGAGAAAUGUCUGCUGGCGACCUAAUCGAGAAGCUUUGCAAAGAAGGCACCAAUGGCAUGCUGCUGAUCGACUGUCGCACUGAAUCCGAACAAGUGAUCAGUGCUUUGCCUGGGGCAGUGCAGCUGUACCAUGUCACUGCCGAGCACUUGCAACAGGCUGCCUUCGUCGUCGCGUACUGCUGCAUUGGUUGCCGAUCAGCCGAAUGGUGCCAGGAGCUUUCGAGUUCUGCAGUGGCGCACAAGCUGCACUUCCUGAAGGGUGGAAUCGCAGCCUGGCUUCAUGAGGGAGGCCAGCUCAUCCAGCCCAGUACAGGAAUGCCCUGCCGCCUGGUGCACUGCUGGACCUUCGAACUGGUUCCCUUCUUCCCAACCCGAGGUUGUGAAGUGCACCGUCCGGAGUUGGGCGUCACUGCACCGUCCGAGAUUGAAAGCUCGCCCCAGCGCAGCCUCACGCGGGCCUCGAGGGCACGGUUGGAUCGACUGCGAAACCUUGCAUGGGAGGUGCGCCUGAGGUACUGUCCGUCGGUGCUGUGCCUUGAUGCAGAGGAAGUUCAGCGGCUAGUCGCUGCACCUAAUGCUGGCUAUAUCUUCGUGGAUGUGCGCACACCUGAAGAGCGCCAGGUGUCGACCAUUUCUUCUCCCACUUGCCCAACCAUCACGAAGGAGGAGUUCCUUCUGAAGAUGGCCGGCAAUCUACCCAACCUCCCCUACACAUUCCUCGUCUUUUGCACGGUGGGUGGCCGAUCUGGCAGGUUCUGCCAAGACCUGCUGACAGAGCCCGAAAAGAUCGGCCUGCGCUGCAAGGUGAACAGCUCCCAACUAAAGAGCAUCCUCGGAGGCAUCGCCGGCUGGGUUCAUGUCGGUGGUGGCUUGGUAGAUCCCUUCGGCAACCCGACGUCGAAGGUCAGUCCCUGGUGCCAGGCAUUCAUGGACAUCUUCCCGGUGUCCGGCGCAGAACUCGUACUCGAUGAGCUGCAAGUUGUUCCGCAAGAUGCACGUGCAUUCAUCGACUGCAAAUCAUGUGCUGAGAUGGCCGCUGAAGUGUCGGCACCGGGUAGGAUACUUCGCACCUGCCAGGCUUUGGCUCCAGAGGUCUUGGCGGACACGCUGUACCGAGCAGCUGAGACGUGCGCUCCUUAUGAUGACUGA